CAACAACUCUCUGAAAAAGAAACCAAGCUUUUGGUCAUCGAACGUGAAUCACGUGAAACCAUGACAAAAUUCGAAUCUAUGACCAAUCAAAUCCAAUCGCUAACUGAUGAUAAGAAUCGAUUUAGUCAACAAUUAGAGGAGAAAUCAAGCGAGCUCGAAGCUUUGAAAAACGAAUUUACUGAAGUUAAUGAACAACUAAAAUUAAAAAUAGCUGUAGUAGAUGAAUUGCAUCGGGAGCACGACAAUUUCUCCUCGGAAUUGCAAACUUCUCAAUCAGAAAAUUCAAAAUUGACAAAACGGAUUAAAGAUAUUACAACCAAAAAUGAUGGUUUAUCAUCUGAUAAUCGAAACUUGAUUUCUCAAUUGACUGAAUUACAAUCAAAAGUUGUAGAGAUAAAUAAUGAUAAAUUAAAUUUAACUGAAGAUGUGGAAAAAGAAAAAUUAAAAGCUACAAAACUGGAACAAGAAGUUGUUAAAAUUCAAAACGAGUUGGCUUCAUUAAAAGAGAAUAUGGGGUAUAACAACGGAGCUUCUUUAGUGGGUAACAAUACUACGCGUGAUGUUGGUCGACGAUUUAAUUCGGUUUACAAUUCUGUUCAAAAUCAGCGGAAUGAUUCAACUCGUCGUACUAGUCUAUCACCACCAAAUAGCGCAAACCGUCGAUAUUCAUUUUCUCAAUUUAGUGGCGAUUUUGAGAUCGGAAGAUGUUCAGGAUGCAUUGGUGAAGUUAUCACAGUGUAA